AUGACUGGAACAACAUUAUUCAUGAUCACACUUAUUUUCUUCGCCAUCAUCAUCAGUACCAACGGCGAAACCUACAAAUGGAAGGACUACGAUGUAACCAGCGAAACUUUAUCAAAAAACGGAGUCAAAAACUUCACAAAAACCCUCUCAAGAACAGUGAAAGGAAUUACAACCGUCGACCAGAUUGCAAAGCUCACAAAUGAAACUACGAAGAAAAUAAUAUUUACCGAUCGUUUGAUUACCACCACAAACAACGGGGUCGUAACUUUGGAUCGCACUUUGGAAAAAUUCAACCCUUUGAGCAACGAAUUCAUCAACGAUCGCUUCUUCAACAGUUCUAAGAACGGGACAGAAGGUCAUCGAACCAUUGAUUAUUCAGCGAACAGUCGCGAUCCAAACUCGGAUAAAAUUGUCAAGACAAUAUUCACUAAAUAUCAUAAGGCAGAGCGCACUGUUUUGAAAUUUAGUCUCGAUGGUGCAUAA